AUGACUACUUCAGAGUGGGGUGAGAAAUCCUCAGCGGACCUUAUGAGUCGGUAUGUCUCCAAGGAAAUGGGAUAUGGAGUUCCCAAGGAGGGAUGGCGUAUCUGUCUGGCACAUGAGUUCAAGGAGAAGAGGAAGCCCUUUCAAGCAAAGGAUGUCUCGCUGUCCAACGUCUUGGAGCACGUUGGGCUUGGGAUCAGGUAUCUGAAGUGGUGGUACAAGAAGACCCAGGUGGAAAAGAAAGCUCCGUUCAUUGAUAUGUUUCGUGCCCAACCCUUGCGACAAAUAUAUGGUGCUCCACUUGGUGGUAUCGGAGGAGGAACCAUCACGAGAGGUUGGAGGGGGGAGUUCUGCAGAUGGCAACUUAACCCCGGGAUGUACCACUAUAAAACUGUCACAGCAAACCAGUUUACAGUUUGUUUACGCCGUGGAGGGCAAACGGUUUACCAGCAGGUGCUCUCUGUAGAGCGUCCUCCCACUCUGCAGGGCUGGAACUGGGGCUACUGUGGAGAGUACGCCUUCUAUCACGCCUUGUACCCCCGCGCCUGGACCGUUUACCACCUGCCGGGACAGAACGUCACCUUAACCUGCAGGCAGAUUUCCCCAGUCAUCCCCCACGACUACCAGGACUCUAGUCUCCCAGUGGCAGUAUUUGUGUGGGACAUAGAGAACAAGAAUGACUACGCUUUGGAUGUCUCCAUCAUGUUCACCAUGGUCAACGGGUCGGGACACAAGGAAGAUAAGAGCGGGGGACACUGGAAUGAACCAUUCCACCUGGAGAAGGAGGGGGAGGCGGUGUCUGGGGUUUUGCUACAUCACUGCCUUGCUGUGAACCCUUACACUCUGUGCAUCGCAGCCCGAGAACAGCCUGACAGGGAGGUCAGUCACCAGACAGCGUUCAGUCCAAAGGGAACCUGCAGCGGCCUGUGGAGUGACCUCAUCACUGAUGGACGGCUGGACUCUCCCACAGGAUCCAGCCCGCCCACGCCUAAAGGAGAGAAGGUGGCAGCAGCGUUGGCUGUGAGCUGCUCGGUGCCGGCUCAGGGCCAUAACAGCCUGGAGUUCUGCCUGGCCUGGGACAUGCCCAAUAUCAUGUUCGGCUCUAGGGAGAGGAAACACACCAGGAGAUACACUCGUUACUUUGGGACCAAAGGGGAUGCUUCCCCCUCAUUAGGUCACUACGCACUAACACACUACAGACAGUGGGAGAAGAGCAUUGACGAGUGGCAAAGACCCAUUCUCCAGGACAGCUCCCUCCCCUCCUGGUAUAAGUCGGCCCUGUUUAACGAGCUGUACUUUGUGGUGGAUGGAGGGACGGUGUGGACGGAGCUACCGGAGGACGCUGAUGUCAGUGGGGGGGUGCGCAGCGAGGACGGGGGGCUGCCAGCUCAGCCCGCCGUCGUUAAGGAGUUCGGACGUUUCGCCUACCUAGAAGGUCAGGAGUACAGAAUGUACAACACAUACGACGUGCACUUCUACGCCUCGUUUGCACUUAUCAUGCUGUGGCCUAAACUCGCCUUGAGUUUGCAAUAUGAUAUUGCCGGCAGUGUGGUUCAGCAGGACCCGAUGGAGAGGCUGCAUCUGAUGAGCGGGCGCUACUCUCCUGUCAAGGCCAAAAAUGUGGUGCCUCACGACAUAGGAGACCCAGAUGAUGAGCCGUGGCAGAGGGUAAAUGCUUACCUCAUCCAUGACACUGCAGACUGGAAGGACCUGAACCUGAAGUUUGUGCUGCAGGUCUACAGGGACUUUCAUCUCACUCAGGACCAUCAGUACCUGAAGGACAUGUGGCCCGUCUGCCAGGCGGUGAUGGAGUCAGAGAUGAAGUUCGACCUGGAUGGAGACGGCCUUAUAGAGAAUUCUGGAUAUGCAGACCAGACUUAUGACGGCUGGACGGUGACGGGACCAAGUGCGUACUGUGGUGGGCUGUGGUUAGCGUCCCUGUGUGUUAUGUGUAAAAUGGCCAAACUGGUGGAAAAUGAGGAGGCAUACAAACGUUACAGAGACAUCUUGGACCGGGGCAGCGCUGCUUAUGACAAACUGCUGUGGAACGGCAAGUACUACAACUAUGACAGCAGUGGGAGAGACCUUUCUAAUAGCGUCAUGUCUGACCAGUGUGCUGGCCAUUGGUUCCUGAGAGCGUCUGGACUGGGAGAGGGAGAAUACCAGGCUUUUCCCAAAGAAAAAAUUCAGAGCGCACUGAAAUCUGUCUUUGACUUGAAUGUAAUGAGCUUCGCUGGAGGCCAGAUGGGGGCAGUUAACGGCAUGCGCCCCGAGGGAGUGCCUGACCGCUCCAGUGUCCAGUCGGAUGAAGUCUGGAUUGGAGUCGUGUAUGGACUAGCAGCCACUAUGAUACAUGAGGGGAUGCAGGAGGAGGGUAUGCGCACGGCGGAGGGCUGCUACCGAACUGUGUGGGAGCGGCUGGGCAUGGCCUUCCAGACUCCUGAAGCGUACUGCGAGAAGGGAAUCUACCGCUCUCUGGCGUACAUGAGGCCUUUGAGUGUGUGGGCCAUGCAGCUGGCCCUCAACACUUCACAGAAGGAUCAGACCACAACAGCUCAAACAGAAGCUACAGAUGGAGAGCAGGGACAGGAUUUGGGAGAAACUCAGAGCUAGGACCUGAUUAUUAAAACUGGUGUGACUAGGAAGGUCUUCUGAAAAUAACAUCAAAACUCUCCUGCAGUCAUCACCCUCAUCUGCACUACUGCCCUGCUGCCCUGCUUAGUCACAGACUUUUAACUUAAUUCUCUACUGUUUUUUUCUUCAAAUGUUUGAGGCUCAAGGUCAGCACACUGAUGGUUUACGCUUGAAAAACUCAGUAGCUACUGUCGAUCAUGAUAUUGUUAGGUCGGGAUCUGAAGAGACUGCAAAUGGUUCCUACUUUUUUCUUUUUUUGUCAUGUGUAGGCCCAUGUCAAAAUCAUAGCCAGUGUGUAUUGCUAAUUAAAAUGUGACCCUUUGUUUCUGUAACAUAUUGUCUACUUUCCCACCUUUACAUUCAUUUGCAAGCACUACAUUUCACAGUUUUUCAAUAAUAUGGAACAAGUUAAUAUGCUUAAUAUUUUAGGACUGUUUCUUGUUUUUAUACCAGCCUCAAGCAGUCACUAUUGUCUUUGACAGUCGGGUUCACAAGAGGGCCUGUGAGAGAAUCAAACAAGAUUUGAAAUAUUGGUCAAUAAAAACGGUCGAUUCGAAGAUUUCCUCUAAAAUUUGAAUUCUGUUCUUGGUAAUGUAAUAUGUUUUUUGUUUAAUAACAUUUGGUGCCUUGUUGCAUGUUGGCCACAUCUACAAUAUAUUAAUGUAGCGGCAACAUUUACUAUGUUUUAUAAAAUCCAAUACUCAUGACAAUCAUGCUGAAUAAAUGACUGAAUAAUAAA